GACGGAUCCCUCAGUGAGCCUGGUUUCUGGCGACCCUCUUCAUUCCCCCGAAACCUGAAUGUUUGUUUGCCUGGUGCUUGGUCACUGGAGGCCACGCUGAUCUCGACCUACGUAUUAUACAUUAGAAAUGGCGCCGAGUGCGCUCUGACGAUGCGUUUAUACGAGUAUGUACGAGACUGCGGUUGCUUAUUCUUGAUCUCGUCUCACUUCUUACCUGCCAAAACCAACUACACCGUAUUCCUGCUCUCACUCUCGGCGGUCUUUGACGACGAAAUGGUCACUUGGUUCUUGAUCGUGCGUGAUUCGUGGUCGCAUACCUGGCGGUCUUUCAAUGGACAUGUAAUCAGUGAAAAUUGGGACCAGAUCAUUCCAGUCACCCAGGAUGAGCUUGCGUAUUUGCUCCAAGCUGCGUAUUCGGGGCUUGCAUUUAAGUAUAUUUACCUACUAAGCAAACGACGACAUGCUCUACCGCAAAUCCUUGGAAGCUCAUGUAAUAGGCAGAAAAUCUACAUUGGCAAGCUCGCAGACCUCUAUAGCCAGCGAAAGAUCAUUACAGUCCCUCCACUCCAAGCGCCGAAUUGCAUUACACAAUCGAAACGGCAUGUCGGACGCCUUUAUAAACUCGUGGGACUCGUGGCACUAAACUAUGGACAGACCUAGAGGGACGCCUCGAUCUUGUCGAUAUCGGCCAAGAACAGCGAGUCCAGCGCCUUCCACGUGCCGUCGGGCAGGCGUCCCUUGAGCGGCAGCCGACCGCCCUCGAGGGCGCCGAAGCCCGCCUUCCGGAUGAUGCCCUCGCGGAUGCCGAGGACGCCCGUCUUGCCGAUGAACUCCUCGGCGCGGCUGACGGC